CAACCGUCGUCCACAUCCAGAUUGGGCAGUGCGUCGUGACGUUUACACUCUGCGAUAAACUCCAUUUCGCCGCUGGAGGUGACGCUGCGCCGUGGUGGGAGGAGCCAGUCGGCCGGUUGAUCUCGCGGAGCUCGAGCUUUCAGUGUGUGAGGUGUUUGCGUUAGCUGUUCGGCACGAUGCCUUCAAUAAAAUUGCAGAGCUCUGAUGGCGAAAUCUUUGAAGUUGAUGUUGAAAUUGCAAAGCAGUCUGUAACAAUCAAAACUAUGUUAGAAGAUCUAGGCAUGGAUGAUGAAGGUGAUGAUGAUCCUGUGCCCCUUCCAAAUGUGAAUGCAGCAAUACUUAAAAAAGUGAUCCAGUGGUGCACACAUCACAAAGAUGAUCCACCUCCACCAGAGGAUGAUGAGAACAAAGAGAAGAGGACAGAUGAUAUCCCUGUAUGGGACCAAGAGUUUCUCAAAGUAGACCAAGGAACACUCUUUGAACUGAUUCUUGCUGCCAACUACCUGGAUAUCAAAGGUUUGCUCGAUGUCACCUGCAAAACUGUUGCAAACAUGAUCAAAGGCAAAACACCAGAAGAAAUUCGAAAGACCUUCAAUAUAAAAAAUGAUUUCACUGAAGAGGAAGAGGCACAGGUACGCAAAGAGAAUCAAUGGUGCGAAGAAAAGUGAAUUGGUUUGCCUGCCACUGUAACACUGUAAGAAAUGUUCCAAAUAACUAGUUGCACUGCUCUGUUUAUAAUAGACAAUUCAUCAGCUUAUCAUUUAAGCAGCAGGCAAUUUUGCCGCAUGUAUUGUCCAAUUCUUCUUUUUUUUUUUUUUUCUUUAAUUAUUCAGAUACUGAAACUGUUUUUACCAUUGUAAUCUUGUGUGAUUUACGUUUACUAUAAUAAAUGUGUGAUCUGUGUGCUUUACCGAUUAAAGCAUCCAAGUUUGUUUUC